AUGGAUAGAUCUUUUGUGAAGGAGAACAAAGUACAGAGACAUGAUGUGUGGCAAGAGAACUUCAACAUUGACAGUGACAGUGCAACUAAACAGGAACUCGAUGAUUCAGAGAUUUUUACAGACGACUACUUCCCUUUCGCCAACAGGCUAGAGCUACUGCUCUACGUGUUACGUGGAUCAAAAUAUCACUGUAUAGAUCAAGAACUUUUUAAGUUUAUUUUACACAUAAUCAGAGUAGUAGUUGAAGACAAUAUAAAGAGUAUUCCUCCAUUCCAUAAGAUAUGGAAUCUUGACAUUGAAGGAUUAGAACUUAAACCAUCAGUGUCUUCUAAUAAAGAUACCGACAAAGACAUCUUUUACAUAAAGCCAUCUAGUAUAAUUGAAAUGCAGCUUUCAAAGAAAAACACAGCAAUACAGUUACAAAGAUUUCCCAGACAAAGCAACUUUUUUGAAGGUCAAAGUAGUGGAAGCAAGUGGAAGACUGAAAUAAAGUCUUUGAUGGCAAAACAUUCAUCUUCAGAAAGAAUAUAUAUUGGUGACAACGUUCAGAAUGGCACAAAUGGAGAGUGUGGGACUGUUGUUCAGUUUUUUUCCCAGGAAUUUGAAAAUACACAUCAAGUAUAUGCAUCUGUAAAGUCACUUACAAGAAAUAUAUCUGUGAUAGCAAAUGAUCUGUUGAAGUUGGACCAGACAAAUGUGUAUGAGGGUGAUGAUGUUGAAAGAGUACAAAAUCUGAUUGAGAUGUCAAAACAGCUAGACAUGGACAUAUACACAGUUCCUAUAAAUAUAUUUGUAGAUGACACAAGUGGUAACAGGUCAAAAAAAUGGAACCCAUUAAGUGUGUGGACUCUUCAGUUGGCAGGAUUACCAACUUCUGAAAAGAUGAAGAAAUCAUCACAUCAUUUCAUUGGAGUAACAAAACCAGAAGACGGGUCAUUCGUUACACCUGUGGUGAAUGAUUUGAAUGACAUGUUUUAUGAAGGAAAAGUAAUGUAUGAUGCAGCUUACAAUAAAAAUGUUAUUGUAACAUCCCAAAUAGCAGUUGGGUUAAUGGACAACAGUAUGGCCUCAGAAUUUUGUCACCACAUGGGUGCUGCAGCUAAAGAAAACUGUAGAUUUUGCAGGUAUCGAAAUAACCACUUACUUAUUGGAGAAUUAAGAACAAAAAAUAAAACUGAGGAAAUUCUAAAAGAGAUUGAAAAUAGUACAGAAACAUCAACAAUGACUGGGAUAAAAAAGAAAAUAUUGGCUGAAUAA